UAUUUAAGUAGCAGAUCCCGCUGACGAUGAGGCACUCAGGAGGAUGGCUUCUCUCACAGUGCUGCUGCUGCAUCUGCUGCUUAUGCUCUCAUCUGCAUCUGCAUGGUACUACUCGUACUAUGGCGGAUCACUGACCUUCACUCCAAAAGGACGGUAUUCAGAUGGGACUUAUAAGGUGGAACUUCGCAACAGGCAAAAUACAAUUUACUGCAAUUUCAAUCACUACUCGUGCUCUUCUGGUGACUGUGGGUCCCAGACCGAAACCACCAGCACAUAUUUUUACAGUAAUUCCAUGGGUUUCUACUACUGUCAAUAUGACGCGGUGAACAAAAUAACCCUCAACAGAAACCUCCCCUUUGAGAUUAGAUACCCCACUUAUGUCAAUCCCUACUACGGUCAGGGCAUCUGGGCAUCAAGCCCAUGGGUUUAUUGGGUAAUGACGGCACAUGUGGACCUGGGAACCCGAUCUGAUACUGGUGAAUCUAACAGAUCCCCCAUCACUACUAUGCUGCCUGUUCUCAGAGUAACGAGGAACUGCCCGCGAUCAUACAACAUGGCAGUUUUUGAUCCUGAUGGUGACAAAGUCAGAUGCAGGAUACCAACAAACUCAAGUACAAAUGAGUGUGGGCGGUGUGGUCUGCCUGCAGGUUUCUCUUUCGAUCAGAACUCCUGCUCCCUAAAAUAUAUAAACAGUAAUCAGCAUGGAACCCAUCCAAUUGAGCUUGUGGUGGAGGACUUUCCCAACAAACCCAUUACACUGUCCUACUCUGAUGGAUCCUACACGAUAAAGCACCCUCUUUCAGUGUUGAGGCGUAAAAGAGCACUAACCACAACAACAGCUGCUCCAACUACAACAACAGAAUAUCCAACCACAACAACAGCUGCUCCAACCACAACAACAGCUGCUCCAACCACAACAACAGAAUAUCCAACCACAACAACAGCUGCUCCAACCACAACAACAGAAUAUCCAACCACAACAACAGAAUAUCCAACCACAACAACAGAAUAUCCAACCACAACAACAGAAUAUCCAACCACAACAACAGAAUAUCCAACCACAACAACAAAUACCCAACCACAACAACAAAUAUCCAACCACAACAACAAAUAUCCAACCACAACAACAGACUAUCCAACCACAACAACAGCUGCUCCAACCACAACAACAGCUGCUCCAACCACAACAACAGACUAUCCAACCACAACAACAGCUGCUCCAACCACAACAACAGCUGCUCCAACCACAACAACAGACUAUCCAACCACCACAACAACAACAACAGUCGCUCCAACCACAGUCGCUCCAACAACCACACAGCCUUACCGAACAACAAUUGCUCCUUUGAGCAAGCUUCCUCUGCAGUUCACUGUUUAUGUGGACUAUCACUAUGCCCCUUCAUGCCUUGAUGGGGAUUACUUUCCCGUUUUCUCGUCACCAACUCCUCGUAAUGGAGUGAAUCUUCCUGCGUAUGUCAACCGCACCCUCGAAAUCAAAGUCAAAUCCGAAGCACAAUACACCACGAUUUAUGACUUGGUUGUCACUGGACCAAUGGGCAUUUCAAAGAGGCAAAUCUCCACAGACGAAUAUAUCAUAAAUUGGACACCAACUGAAAAUGAAUUGAAUGAUCAUUUUCCUAUUUGCUUCGUUUCGGAAGCAAGAGACAUGUAUUACCAAGUCUUUCAAUCAGAGCCACGCUGUGUGAUCGUGGAUGUUGGAUCCGAUGAGACCACUGUGACAUGCAAUGAAACAACGAUAACGGUGGAAGUGGAGAAGUCCUACCUCAUCAGACACAACGAGGGCAAAUUGCAUCUGAACGACUUCAGCAAUGCUUCCUGCGACCUGAAAACACACUCCAACACAACCCACCUGGUGGCUGUCAUGUCGCUGAACACAUGUGGAACCACUGUAGAGGAGGAUGAAAACAACAUCAUCUUCAAAAACAUGAUCACAUCCGGUGACCCAACUAAAAUCAUUUCCAGACAAAAUGACGUUGAGAUCGUCUUUUCCUGCGCCUUUCCAAAGCGAACCAAUCUAACACUGGGAUUCAAGCACAAGAACCCGUACAUCUUCACAGAGAAGGGCUUCGGGGCUUUCACCUUCCAGUUUGAAUUCUUCCAGAGCCAGCGGUUCAGAAAACAAAUUGAAAGCAGCACUUACCCAGUGGAGGUGUACCUCAAACAGAUGAUCUUCAUGCAGAUCGAGGCGACCACUUCCAUCCCCAACACAGAGCUGUUUGUGGAGUCCUGCAAGGCGACUCCAUAUGACAACCCAAACUCUCGCAUCAGCUACACCAUUAUUGAAAAUGGGUGUGUAAGAGACAACACGGUGGUAAUCUACAACAGCUCCAAAUCUCAAUUCAGAUUUGGAAUGGAGGCUUUUGAGUUCAUCGGUGCUCAUGAAGAGGUGUACAUCACUUGCUCGGUCCUCCUGUGUGAGACUGGCGUUCGCGGGAGCAGGUGCUCUCAGGGAUGCAUCAACUCCAACUCACGGAACCUUCGGGUCAAAAGAGAAGCUGCAGCCCAGUCUUCCCGCCACACCAUUUCCCAGGGACCUUUGCACCUGGCUAAAAUUUCUGACAGCCAAGCAUCUGGCCCGAGCCUGAAUAUGGGCCUGAACAUCAUCUUCGUUGUUGGCUGCCUCCUGGCAUGCGGAGUGGUGAUCUACAGAUCGAGGAGGUCCAAAGCUAAAUACCAACCGCUGCCAACCUUUGAGACAGACUGAAGACAGAGACGCCAUUUAGAUCCAGUCUGAUUAUGAGGAAGAUUCUCAGAAGCGUCUAAUCUGCCACAUACUUGAUUUAACAAAAGAAGAUGAAUUAACCCCAACUUUAUUGAGAUGAUUCGAUGCAUUCUUUGUUGUGUCAUGCUUUGUUCAUUUUUCAAAAACACGCUGACAUUUCAAGCCUUUCGACCAUCAAAAAAGUGUAGGAUUAGCCCCGUUAUGCUACCACCGUACUGAUGGUUUGAAUCACUGUCACACAGUGACGCAGUGUGUACACGGGUUUAGUCAGCACAUCACCUGCUUGGAAAUUUUUACACACUUUUAGGGGUUUUAGGGAAACAUUUUAGUCACUUGAUAUAUAUCAACUUGCUGAUGAAGUAUGAUUCUAAUGUCUGUCUGUUCAUAAUGAAAUAAUGCCUGCCUUGACUUUUAUAUUUACAGACACUUACAUUUUUGACCUCCAAGGUUUGAAACACACAUUUAAGUGCCAAAUAAUGAACAAUAAAAGACAUAAUGGGU